GGGAGGGCGGUGCGGGGGGGACACACUCUUGGUCUGCUACGCAGAGAAGGCAGAGCUCUGCAGGCCUAGAUCAUUCCCAGGCUUCCCCGUAGAGGGGGCGGGGAGGCGGGGAGAGGAAGCCCAGCCUUGGGUCUCCGCUGGCUGCAACCCAACCCGCGGGGAGGGGAGGAGCCGAGGGCGCGGCGCCCCCUAGCGGCCACGUGUUCCGGAGCGCGCCGCCCGCGGAGCCUCACAGCUCGGCCUCGGUGCGCGUCUGCCCCGCCCAGGGUUAGGGGGCAGCCCCGCACCACCCGGCGGAACUCUAGCACCCCGACCCCUCCCACCGCCGGAGCCCGCCAGGCAGAGCGCUCCAGCCACCUCUGUCCUGAGAACUUUCCUCGCACCGGACGCCAUCUCUCGCAGCGAGCGAGCGAGCGAGGGCUGUGGGCUUGGACAGCAGCAGAUCCGGGAUGGAUCUUUGUGCACGUGUGAUUUCUGGACCACCUUUUCAUUCAGGCAGAGAGUGAGACACAGAUAUAACAGUGGUGGAGCUUUCUCUAGCACUAUAACAACUUCCAUGUGUGAUGCAGGGGCCUUCAUCCUGGGCUGUGUUCAUGGCAAGGCACAUUUCCUACCUGAGUGGAGCAGCAUGGAUGCUGUUAGCCAGGUGCCUGUGGAAGCUGUGCUCCCCAAGCACAUCUUGGACAUCUGGGUCAUUGUCCUCAUCAUCCUGGCCACCAUUGUCAUCAUGACAUCCUUGUUGCUGUGCCCAGCCACUGCUGUCAUCAUCUACCGCAUGCGAACUCACCCCAUUCUCAAUGGGGCAGUCUGAGGGAUUCCCAGGAAUGGGGGAUGAAGCCAGCAUUCCCCUCCUGCAUUGACUUCUUUAUCUCUCUCUCUCUCUUUUCCCCCAAGAACUCAGCAGGAUACUGGCACAUGGACUCUGAAGCACGACAUGUAAGAGGAGGCCCGAGUUCUGUUUUUGAUCCUGCCAGUCACUGGCCAGCUGUGUGAGUUUGGUCAAGGGAUCUACUUCUCUGGUUCCCAGGUUCCUUACAAACUGAGAAUGAUGAUAUUUGUCCUUUCUACCUCAAAGGAGUAUGAGAAACAAUGUCUUCAUCGAGGUUAGAGCUGUUUGUGAGCAUUAAAGCCAUACAUACACAGGUGUUGUUGCUGAACAUUGAGAAACUUUGCAAAACCUAAGACCCUACUUGGUGAUGGUGGUCAUCAAAAUGGUGAGGGAAACUUUAGGGGCAAUUCAGCCUUUACAAGUGCCUCACAGGUCUGAACAAACAAAGGACACAAUGUUCUCAUUCGAAGGGGCCAGUAACACACUAGUUCUAAGUUUUCUUCUUCUUUUUCCUCUAGCAUUCUGAGUUAGUGGGGGUGGAGGGUGUAUAAUAAGCAUGGCAAAGAGGAAGGUGGUAGGUGGGUGGAGCUUUCCAGAGUCAUCACCAGUUUCUGUGCCCUUGUGUAAUCUGAAGGAGGGCUUUUCCCGUUUCUUGGCAAUGUAAAGGGAGCUAGCUAGGGUAAUGGGCUUCUUUUUGAGCUUGGAGUCUAAUAGCUUUGACAUCCAAGCAGUGUGAGUACAUCCAGGAAGAGCUGAGAUCCCUGGCCAGCUUUCAGAAUCCUUCCCCCUUGCAUGCCCCACACAAUGGAGCUGUGUCUCUCUGCUCUGACUCCUGCUCAAAAUAGCUCCACUGAAUGAAGCACUCUCCUUGGCUCCCUCCCACCAGUGCUGCCACCAACCUAAGACACCCCCUUACAUUUUAAGAGAUGUUUCUUGGACAUUUGGACCUGACACCAAACGAUAAUGGUUAUUUUAGAUGCUAUGAUUUAUAUUUAUCAGAAGAUUUCUGGACCACUUAAGCUCUUCAGCCCAAAUCAGAAGUGUCCUGGGAUUUAUUAAAUUAUGUAAGUGGAUAGUCCAGAAACCUGGAUAUUAUUGUGAGAAAAUGAUGCUUUUACUUUAAUCUAAUUUCACUGAUGUUUAAAACGAAUUUCUAAUAAAGUCUAACACAAAGCA